CCAUUUUUCUUUUUCUUUUUUUCAUCAGGAAGCCAAGACGAAAAUUGUCAGCCUGAAGAUAGAAGAAGAAAGUAAAAAACAAAUGAUUUGGUUUGGAGAAACAAAACUUUUGACUGGUAUUUUCUUGUUAUGUUCUUCUGAGUAGGAUUUGUGUCAUUCUUCUGUGAACUGCUGACUUGUUCGGCUCUUGUACAGACAGUGAAGUUAGAUUCUCUAGUUUUUUGCCAUUCCGGAGGUGUGAGAGAGGAAAGUGGGACGGCUGGAGUGGAGGGAGGAGCUCCAGGGUUCUGCAUGUCUGGGCUUUGUUCAAAUGGUAAAUAGAGGGUCAAAUGGGGCAAUCUUAGGUCUUCAGGAAGUGAAGAAAAAAGGGAGGGGAAAAAACAAGGAGUGACAACACUACAGUGGAGGACUUUGGCCUGUCUGAUGGGCAGAAAGCAGGGCUUUCACCCUUAACUUAGAGGACGUUUCCAAAUAGAAAGAUAUGGAAUAUGUGUGAUUUUGUGGUCACACUGAAGUUCUAACAUUUUCACCAGUACCCUGAUAGGGUUCUGGACUAUUGUGACUCUCUGCUGAAGUUAUCCUUUGUUGCGGAGGGGACAGCCAUCAAGCCUCUGUUUUCUGCUUGUUAUCACCGUACACCUGACAGAGGAACCAAGAUGCCCACAAACUUCACUGUGGUGAAAGUGGAGGACAUGGGGGAUGGAAGCAACAGUGGAGCUGCAGCUGGAGGUAGCAGACCCAUCAGUCUGGACAAAGUCUUCCAAGAUGAGGGGGAUAUUACCAACUUACAGGAACCUGAGUCAGAUGAAAAUCUGAAAGAGUCCACUCCAUUUAUUAACUCGAACAAUGAUGAGGAUCACAGUUAUGACGGAAAGAACAUGGCCUUGUAUGAGGAGGAAAUGGACAGCACCCCCAUGGUAGCAUCUCUUCUCAACAAGCUGGCCAACUACACCAACCUCACCCAGGGCGUUCGUGAGCAUGAGGAGGCUGAAGACGGGGGCCGGAGGGUUGCUGUCAUGGUUCCUCAGAUGGGCACUUUUGUAGGGGUUUAUCUGCCCUGCAUGCAGAACAUUUUAGGUGUGAUCCUCUUUCUCCGCCUUACCUGGAUCGUCGGCACAGCAGGAAUUUUGGAAUCUUUCGCCAUCGUUUCUAUGUGCUGCAUCUGUACCUUGCUCACUGCCAUAUCAAUGAGUGCCAUAGCAACUAAUGGAAUGGUACCAGCUGGUGGCUCGUACUACAUGAUCUCCAGAUCGUUGGGUCCAGAAUUUGGAGGAGCAGUGGGUCUUUGUUUCUACCUGGGAACCACCUUCGCUGGGUCGCUCUACAUUUUGGGCACCAUAGAGAUCCUGCUGACGUACAUUGUUCCAACAGCAACAAUAUUUAAAGACGAUAACGGGGAAGCGACGCCAAACAACAUGCGUGUCUAUGGGACGUGCUGCCUUCUCCUGAUGGCUCUGGUAGUGUUUGUUGGGGUGAAGUAUGUGAACAAAUUGGCUUUAGUGUUUCUUUCCUGUGUGGUUCUUUCCAUCAUGGCUAUAUAUGCAGGAGCCAUCAAGACAUUAAUUGAGCUGCCAGAGUUUAGUGUGUGUCUGUUGGGAAAUCGCUCUCUGAAGAAUGAAUUGUUUGAAUCAUGUGCAAAGAUGGACGUUCUCAACAACAACUCUGUCACCACGGACCUGUGGAAUUUUUUCUGUGAAAGUGAAUAUGGCAAUGCAACCUGCGAUGAGUUCUUCACCUUAAACAACCUGACAGAAAUUCCAGCCAUACCUGGGCUUCUGAGUGGAGUUAUCAAAGACAACUUGUGGAGCAACUAUGGUCCAGCUGGCAUGGUGAUAGAGAAGAAUAAUUUGCAUUCUGAAUUUCCUCAGAUCCCAUCUACAGACAGAGAUCAAUACUUUGUCUUUAAUGACAUCACCACAUACUUCACGUUGUUGGUUGGGAUAUACUUCCCUUCCGUCACAGGGAUUAUGGCUGGUUCAAACAGAUCUGGUGAUCUUAGAGAUGCUCAGAGAUCCAUCCCAGUAGGAACUAUCCUGGCUAUUCUCACCACUUCUUUCCUCUAUAUCUCCUUUGUGUUGUUGUUUGGAGCUUGUAUCGAAGGAGUGGUGCUGAGAGACAAGUUUGGUGUCUCAGUAAAAAAGAACCCAGUGAUUGGUGUUCUAGCCUGGCCAUCCCCGUUGGUGAUUGUGAUUGGCUCGUUUUUCUCUUGCUGUGGUGCGGGGUUGCAGAGCUUGACUGGUGCCCCCCGUCUAUUGCAGGCCAUCGCCCAUGAUGGCAUAAUCCCUUUCUUACAGGUCUUUGGUCAUGGCAAGACAAACGGCGAGCCGACCUGGGCUCUUUUACUCACAGUUGGAAUUUGUGAGAUAGGAAUCCUUAUUGCCUCUCUGGAUGAAGUGGCCCCCAUCCUCUCCAUGUUUUUCCUCAUGUGCUAUCUGUUUGUCAACUUGGCCUGUGCUGUUCAGACUUUGCUCCGUACACCUAAUUGGAGACCCCGCUUUAAGUUCUAUCACUGGACUCUUUCCUUCUUAGGCAUGAGUCUCUGUCUCUCCCUCAUGUUCAUCUGCUCCUGGUUUUAUGCUCUGAUUGCCAUUUUAAUCGCCGGCUGUAUUUACAAAUACAUUGAAUACAGAGGAGCUGUGAAGGAGUGGGGUGAUGGAAUCAGAGGUCUGUCCUUAAAUGCAGCACGUUAUGCUCUCAUUCGCCUGGAAGAAGUACAGCUGCACACCAAAAACUGGAGACCACAGCUGAUGGUGUUGUGUAAACUGAACAAUGACCUUGAAGUGAAGCACCCUCGUCUCCUGUCCUUCACCUCACAGCUCAAAGCAGGCAAAGGACUUACAAUUGUCUGUUCGGUGCUGGAGGGGACAUACAUGACACGCAAGGCAGAUGCCAAUGUUGGGGAGCAGAAAAUGAAAGCGGCCAUGGCUGCAGAGCGGACCAAGGGUUUCUCCCAUGUUAUUGUGUCAUCCAGCCUGCGGGAUGGUUUCUCCAUACUGAUCCAGUCGGCAGGACUGGGAGGAAUGAAACACAACACAGUCCUGAUGGCGUGGCCGGCAGGCUGGAAGCAGGCCAGGGACUCCCUUGCUAGAAGAAACUUUAUAGAGACAGUGAGAGAGACGACGGAGGCUCAUCAGGCUCUGCUGGUCGCAAAGAACAUCGACCAUUUCCCUGACAACCAAGAGCGCCUGAAGGAGGGAACUAUUGACGUGUGGUGGAUUGUACAUGACGGGGGACUCCUCAUGCUGCUGCCCUUUUUACUUAUGCAGCACAAGGUGUGGAGGAAGUCCAAAAUGAGAGUCUUCACAGUAGCCCAGCUGGAUGACAACUCCAUCCAGAUGAAAAAGGAUCUGCAGGUGUUUUUAUACCACCUACGCCUGGAUGCAGAGGUGGAGGUGGUGGAGAUGCAUGGCAGUGACAUCUCAGCAUUUACAUAUGAGAAGACUCUGAAGAUGGAGCAGAGGUCCCAAAUGCUGAAGGAGAUGCAGUUGUCCCGCACUGAGAGGCAGAGAGAGAUUCAGAGCAUCACGGAUGUGUCACGUGACUCCAUUAACAGUAGGAAGUGGCCUGUUGACUCACCACUCAACACUGAGAGCAUUCCAGAGGAUGAGGCCCAGCUGAUUCACGACCGGAACACAGCAUCUCAUUCUUUAGCCAAUGACAAAGCAACUGGAGCCACGUCAGAUCGUGUCCACAUGACGUGGACAAAAGACAAACUGCUCAAUGAGAGAAACAAACAUAGAGAAGGCAUGGCAGUUAAGGACAUGUUUAAUAUGAAACCUGAGUGGGAAAAUCUCAACCAGUCGAAUGUGCGGAGGAUGCACACAGCUGUUAAGCUGAAUGAGGUGGUGGUGAAGAAAUCCAAAGAUUCCCAGUUGGUCCUGCUCAACAUGCCAGGCCCGCCAAAGAACAAGAAAGGCGAUGAGAACUAUAUGGAGUUCCUGGAGGUUUUAAUGGAAGGCCUGGACCGUGUCUUGCUGGUUCGUGGAGGAGGUCGGGAGGUCAUUACUAUCUACUCUUAGCAUCAUGUGGCUUUUAAUCAUUUGACAUUUGGAGAAAGCAUGUUCGGGCAGUGGGAAUCCAGGUUGGAGAUUAACAAAUGCCAUGGCCCUAAUGAUGGGGCAAAUGUCUCCUUCCACUGUCAAAAACAAAACGGGUUCCAGCUAAUGUUUUAGUGGUAUGAUCUCACUGUAAAGGACUCAGCACUGUCUCAGUGUGCCCUCAGUUUGUAAGACAGCGCUCCAUAAAUCCUACCUUUGUUACUGUUUUCAGUCUGCCAUCAUGUGGAUACACUGGAAAACAUCCUUUCUAAGUAUGCAUUCUGAAAGACUUGCCAUUUCAGUGUACAAUCUAUCAAUGGCCAUUUUCCUGGAGAAGAACAUCUUGUUGUUUGAACAAACCAUUGAUUGGUGUCACUGUGAAAUGGAGACUCAAUUAACACUGUUCAUUUUUUAUUUCAGUGCCAGUUCCGAAUGUGGCUGGACUUUUUUCUGGCCAUAUUUGUCUCAGAAAAUGAUCAAACUCGCACUAAAGUUUUCAUUACAGAGAAAAAAUAAGGAAGUAUUUAUAAUGAGCUAAUCAACAGUUUGGAUUUGUCAAUUCCUUGCCAAUGUCUUUGCUGUUUUUGUUGACUAUUUUGUUGUUAUUAUGACAGUGCUGACUGAUAAGUAAGAAAGUAAUAAUACAGCAUAUACCUUUUUAAGCUAAAUAGUUUUCUGUAUGUUAGCAAAUCUUGUUUUAGACAUAUUUUUGAACUUAUUUUGUUAGAAAGCCACUAGUAGAUACUUUUAUUAUUAAGACAAGCUGCCAGACUAUAUGAUAGUUGUUCAUUUUAUUUAAAUUUCCUUUUUUAUUUCUAGAACUGAUGUUAUUCUGCAUUUUAGGAUUUUAGCUUUUGUAAUGUAAUGUUUUUAUGUAUUAAACUUUAAAUCCUUA